UGAAACUCAAUAGUUUAUUACCUCUCAGUCAAUUCGGUAUUAUAUGUCCAUGAACUCAAGUGGUGGAUGAAGGCGUCGAAGGACGAUACGAGCUACGCGUCACUGAUGUUCCCAAGAUCAGGGGAUCUACGGAAUGGUAGCGCUCGCUACCACCAACCCCACUGAAAACCGCGAACCAACAUCCAAUAGAAUAAGCUACAGAGAGCAUGUUGCCAUGCUUGGCUCUGUAAAUACGAAACACUGCCCGCCCGCUGAAACUUUUAUGCGUUGGUGGCCAGACAAUACAAAUCAAUAUCUAACUUGGAACAUCGUUCGAACUUGAACUUGACAAUUUCAUCUUUAAUACCCGUCACUCGCUUAGCAUGGCAAAAUUUGGACAACGGUACUGGCUGCCAGUCCUUCUCACGAUCGCCGGGACACUCGCUUGGUCAAAUGAGCCGAGAGCGACGUGGCCGAACGGGCCGUUCGUCACCUCGGGCCGGUGGAUUAAGGAUGCAUCCGGCACAAUCGUCACCUACGUAGGGGCCAACUGGCCGGGUUCGCUCGACACAAUGAUUCCCGAGGGUCUGCAGUACCAAUCUGUGGAAUCGAUAGUCCUUCGGAUGGCGGGCUUGGGCAUGAAUGCCGUGCGGCUUACUUACGCGACCGAGAUGGUUGAUGAAUAUUACGAAAAUGGGCAGACGGAUAUCACGGUUCAAAAGGCUCUUACCGAUGUCCUGGGUCAAGAUAAUGGGAGCUCGGUUUUCAAGAAGAUUCUCACUAAUAACCCGACUUUCAACGAGACAAUUACGAGGUUGCAGGUGUAUGAUGCUAUUGCGGCGGCAUGUGCGAAGCACGGAAUUUACGUUCACUUGGAUAACCACAUUUCAAAAGCGGGCUGGUGUUGCAGCCCUCUCGAUGGGAACGCUUGGUGGGGAGACCAGUACUUUAGUGUUGCUAACUGGACUCGAGGCUUGUCUUUCAUGGCCACACAUGGAAAAUCAUGGUCGAAUCUCAUGUCCAUGUCAUUGCGAAACGAACUUCGCUCACCGCUGAGCAAUUUCACGUUCGCAAGUGAAAAUUACAACUGGGAGGAGUGGUAUAAGUACGUGAAAGAGGGUGCUGAUGCCAUCCACAGCGCCAACGGCGAUGUUCUGAUAUUCCUGUCUGGCCUGAAUUCAGAUCAGGAUCUAAGUGUCGUGGUCAAUGGCACGGCACUCACGCCGGGAUCCGCCACCUUUAACUCGGAUGACUUUUCAGGUUACGCCGACAAGCUAGUGCUCGAGUUGCACGCGUACGACAACAUCUUCGGACCCGGCCCGAGCGACUGCAAUACAGUGGGGACCGAGCUGUCUGAUGAUGGAUUCGUGGCCUUGACGAGCGAUGCUAAGAACGAGUUUCCGGUAGUCUUGACAGAAUUCGGCCUUGAACAGAACUCAACGGCAGCACAGGAUCCCUACGUCAAAUGUCUAUUAAAUUACACCUCUACCAAGAACGCUGGUUGGAUGAUCUGGCAGAUCGGCGGAAGCUACUACAUUCGUGAGGGUACACAGGAUCGCGAUGAGACUUGGGGUUUGUUGAACCACGACUGGUCGGAUUGGAGGGCGUCGGAUUUUGUCAACGGCUCCUUGGCCCCUGCGGUGAAGAGCACCGUCAACAUUAACCCCGACUCGAUUUCGGCCGCUGGCACGUCGGAUACGAAAUCCGAAGGCACGAGAAUGAAGUCAAUCCUCACUUCAGGACUCAACGCUGCGAUAUUCAUAAUUGGUCUAACAUUGAUGUUUUACUAGAAUGAUACGAUACUUAAUUGGAUAGACUCGGUUACAUCAGCAAUUUAGAUCACAAUAGAUACGGCGUUACUGGCAAUACGGCAUUCCAACAAAUCAUAGGUAUCAUUUCUUGGCGCAGGCAUCAGUUUAUAUCAAUCGAAUCUAUUAUCAUUAUUCAUUAUUGAAUGGUGAUCAUUUCUAUCGUCUAUCCAUAAUACUCGAAAAUAGUCUUCAGCUGGGCCUCGCCGUAUCCGGCAUGCAGA